AUGGCAAGCGUGGAAAAGCUGGAAGUUGGCCCCCCACAGAAACCAGGGACACCUGGGAAGGGGGUGGACCUGGACCAGAUCCUCGAGGAGGACUUGGGGCAGAUGGGCCGGUACCAGAUCGUGACGCUGCUGCUCGCUGCGCUGCCCAUCAUGUUCUCUGCCUUCGCUUCGGGAGAGUACAUCUUCACCACAGCCAGGAUACCUACCAGAUGCGUAAUCCCAGAAUGCGACGGGAGCACCCCAGAGUUCUCGCCAAUCUGGAAGCCGAACGCUAUCCCGCGCACAGAGAGCGGCUUCGACAACUGCAACCGUUACAGCAACAGUUCGGAGAACCACGCUGGGAACACGUGCCCCGCUUGGCUCUUUGAUAGGACUCGUACGGAGGCCUGCGAGGAGUAUGUCUAUGAGCACACCAAUAGCGUUGUAUACGAUUUCGGCCUGGCCUGCGACGAAUGGCGUCGCUCCCAGAUCGGCUCCAUCCGUACCAUCGGAACCCUGCUCGUGCUGCCGAUAACAGGCUACAUCUCCGACCGAUGGGGCCGCCGCGUGGCGCUCACUAUCAACGCCUUCAACACGGGCUGGAUCGGACUGGUGCGCUCGUUCGUCAACAGCUACGAGUGGUUCCUCACGCUCGAGGUGCUGGAGUCUACGGUUGGCGCUGGAUGUUACUCGUCUUGUUAUAUUUUGGUGACGGAACUAGUCGGGCCUAAAUACCGAGUGGUCGCCGGCGCCACCAUCUCCACCCUCUUCGCGCUCGGGCAGGUGGCGCUCGGGUUCAUCGCCUGGGGCGUGCAGCCCUGGCGCUCCCUCACGCAGGUCCUCUACGCGCCCCAGCUCCUUGUCGUCUGCUAUUUCUGGGUCCUUUCCGAAUCCGUCCGCUGGCUCAUGAGCAAAGGACGCUAUGAGGAAUCUGAGCAAAUCCUUAAGAAAGUUGCCAAAAUGAACGGAAGAGAGCUAUCGCAGAAGUCUUUAGAAGCGCUUAGAGAUUCCGCUGAAGCUGAGAAGAACAAAAUAAAGCCUAAAGAGCCAUGGCUGCCAAUUUUAGUCAUCAAAUCAAAGACGAUCCUCUCAAGAUGUCUGGUAUCUCCUAUCUGGUGGAUCACGAAUACGCUGGUGUACUACGGGAUGAACAUUAACGCCGUGAACCUAGUCGGUAACAGUUACUUGAACUACGUGGCGGUGGCCGCGGUGGAGAUCCCGGGGUACUGGACGGCGAUCCUGCUGCUGGACCGGAUCGGGCGCAAGCCGGUGCUCAUCUGCGGAUACUGGUUGUGCGCGGCUUGCCAGUUCAUAUUUGCUUUCAUGCCGGACGGUCACGCCAGCCUUUCCAUGGCCGUGUACCUGAUCGGCAAGUACUGCAUCGCCAUCGUGAUGACGUCAGUGUACGUGUACACAGCCGAGCUGUACCCCACCAAGUACCGGCACAACCUCUUCGCGUUCUCCUCCAUGAUCGGACGGCUGGGAUCCAUCACCGCGCCGCUUACUCCAUCAUUGGCUACGGAGGUGUGGGCGCCCUUCCCCUCGGUCCUGUUCGGCAGCGCGGCGCUGCUCUCCGGGGGCCUCAUCUUCACCACGCCGGAGACGCUCGGCACCAGGCUGCCGGACACCAUCGAGGAGGCUGAACAGCUCAGGAAUAACAGGAAUACCAAUCAAUAA